AUGCUCGGCGACUUUGGGAGUUUGACUGGUGCGUGGGCGUGGGUGGUGAUUGGAAUUGGGCUCGAGGGACUACUACUGGUCGGCAGGCUGUCCUGUGACGGGUUGUUUGAGCGGGAGAACAGCCGGUUGACUUUGCCGCUGAUGGCCGCGCUCGAGAGCUUUCGCAGCCGACGCACAAGGCUCAUGCCAGAUGCCUUUUGCGACGGCGGCUUGGAAUCGGCUGAUAUCGACCCUGCAGCUGAUACGUUUGAAUACAUGGAUACGUUCUCUGAGGCGAGGAGAUUAGGGGCUCGCAAUCCCAAUCCGCCAUUGCCAGACUCUGCUGAUGACGCUGCCACUGCUGCAUGCCGGGUCGUUGGGGUGCCCUGUAGAUCAACUGAUGACACUGAUGGCGCAUGCUCAGAGCUGCUCUCGCCUGCAGCCUUUGAGUUGCCUAUUCCUCUCCUGCCAAUAACAGGCUUUAUUUUUGGCGUAUCUGCAAUGAUGGCCUCGGUGUUUCAGCGUUCGGGGUGA